CAUAUGUCGUAUAUAUGUUUGGAACAGAGUAAAAUUACGUUGAUGCUCUGGAUAUCGAAAUGGAUUAAGGGCACAAAGGAUAGGAAGCUUUACAUACGCCGUACCAGGAUUGAGAAAAGACACCAUAUAGCAUGUCGUCACUCCUGUAUUUGCGUUUGUGGAUGCUCGGAAGCAUAGGAGUUGUUUCGGCUGUUUAUGGACGUAUGCACGAGAAAUGCGUGAGAUACUGUCAAAAUGAGCCACCUGAGAUCAGCGGAGCUUUUAGUGUCUGUAUCAAAGGAUGGGACAACUGUACCUACUGUAAAUUCUAUAACAACAACUGCCCAGAUAUCCAGGAAUGUCCUAACAAGGUUGCGCCUAUUCCAUCGAGAGGAAAUCGCUGCAUGAUUUGUCCAGGUGAAGAUUGUAUCUACAACGGGCAAAUUUACUAUACAGACGAAACGUUCGACUCGGUGGAUGGAAUAAACACAUGUAUUUGUAUGAGGAGCGGGGAGAUAAAAUGUGAGGAGCAUUAUCUUGGAUCACCGAUGACAUUUUGUAACUGAUUUCCCUACGAUUAUCUAUAUCAUUAUAUACACUCACUCAUAUACAUAUAUAUAUACAUAUAUACUUGUAAUAAAAUAAUUAAAUAGACUG